AUGGUGGAAAUUCAUGAGGAGGUAGUUCCUUCAAGCUCUUCACUUGAAGAAGAAAAAGAUGAAGAAGAAGAGAUUUGCUAUGAUGAGCUUAAGAAGCGCAUGUUGAAGGACCGGGCGCUCAUGCAGAAGCUUAAAGAGAAGCAUGAGUAUGAAGAGCCUAAUUCAUUAGCAAAGCAAGAGGCAUCUCGCCGCAAGAAGAUGUCAAGAGCUCAAGAUUCUAUCCUCAAGUACAUGGGGAAGAUCAUGGAAGUUUGCAACGGUCAAGGGUUUGUUUAUGGGAUUGUUCCAGAGAAGGGUAAGCCUGUAACUGGGUCUUCGGAUAGUCUACGUGAGUGGUGGAAAGAAAAAGUUCGAUUCGAUCAAAAUGCUCCUCUAGCAAUUACUGAAUUCUUACCAGGUUUAGAGCAAGGUGACUUAGACCCUUCUUCAUAUAUGCAUCUUCUUCAUGACUUGCAAGAUAGUACUUUAGGGUCUCUUCUUUCUGCUCUCAUUCAACACUGUGUCCCUCCACAAAGAAGAUUUCCAUUAGAGAGGGGCUUAGCACCUCCGUGGUGGCCAACGGGGAAUGAGAUUUGGUGGGGUGAUCAAGGACUAGCAGCAGAAGAACAUGGUCCACCUCCUUAUAAGAAGCCUCAUGAUCUUAAAAAGGCUUGGAAGGUUAGUCUUUUGUCUGCGGUAGUCAAGCAUAUGGUGCCUAAUGUCGAUCGUAUACGACAGCUUGUGAGGCAAUCAAAGUCCUUGCAAGACAAGAUGACAGGUAAAGAAAGUGCUACUUGGUCUAAAGUGAUAAAUCAAGAAGAAGCUCUUUCGCAGCUCACAGAGAAAUGCCACAAAAUCUCACUCUCUAAGGAAAAUGAUAAGGAAGAGGAACAAGGCGGUCGCGUCGGUGAUGCUGGUAAUUCUAAUUUAAAUGUUUCUGAGAAAAGGAAGUGCGUGUUUGAUCGAGAGAUAGCAGAGGAUACCCUAUAUGCUUGCCAAAACCUCGCAUGUCCACUGAGCGUAGGAAGGUCAGGCUUUGUUGACAGGAAUUCGAGGACAGAUCAUGAGUUCAGUUGUGCUUACCGUACUGAAGACAGUGAUAAUAGCCAAGAAAACGUUGGCGGUGACUCUGAUUCAUCUGCAAACAUUCUGAUCCCCUUGUACGAUGAAUCCUUGAUUGGUCAGGUGAUUGGUACAGCAACUAUGGAUGAUGCGGGCAGUGCAUUAAGUGUAGCUGAUUGGGCAAAUAUGGAGCUAGCAAAGUCUAAUUUUUAUGGUGAUGAACAUAUAGCAGAAGUUGGAGAGGGAUCUGGCAGCAAAUUAGGAGACUAUUCAAGUUACUGGGGCAGUGGAAUUGAUGAAGUAGCACUUGUUGUAGCAUUUGAUGGGCGGAGAGAAAGCAUGGACUUGCAUACAAAUCCAUCACAAGAGAACUUACAUGAUCAAGGAAUGGCUUCAAUCUGGGAUUUGGGAUAUGAGGAAGCAAAUUAG